UGAACAUAUGUUGACUAGAAGACGUGAAGAAAAUUCAGAUCAAGUCGCUGGGCUUAGUUCACCCAAACGGAUUCGUGUGGGCGAAUCAGAUCAUGAGGCCCAAUUUUCCCCCCUUUACUUCUCACACUCUUCCUCUUCACAUCCAUAUCCGAUUUCAUCUAUAACACCAGUUAGGUCAAUCACGUCGCAGUCCGGAGUCGUUAAAGAAUCUAAUGGGAGUCCUCGCAUAGAAUCUACCGACAAUUCAGACGAAGAUGUAACUGAUAUUAUUGACCAUCUAAAUCAUGUCAACGACCAAAUUGUGGAAGAAGAAGAACAAUUAUUAGACGAGGAAGAUCAAAAUCUUCCAUGUUUGGAUGAUGAUGAAUGCGAGCAUUUAAAACAAGAAGCUAAAGAGAAAG